AUGUCAACCUCUCCAUCUCUCGUCCCCCAGGAUGGCUACUACGCCCUGCCUUCUCCAGCUGUGAACCGCUCACUGGAGCAGGAGCCCCAAAGGCAGCUUCCGGGGAUGCUAGGGGAGGCCUGGGAGCCCCCUCGAGGGGAUGGGCUGCCACUGCUCUCUGUCAUCAUAGCUGCCUUCGUGCUGCUGGCCGUCUGCAUUGUGGUGGCAGUACACUUUGGGCCCAAGCUGCACCAGGGCCAUGCCACUCUUCUCACAGAGCCACCAGCUCCGAAGCCAGAAGAUGGUGUUUACCUCAUUCACUGGAGGCCGCUGGGCCCCCAGGACAGUCACAAAGAAACCCAGCAGGGAUCUCCUGUCCACGGCUCUGGCCCGGCACCAGAUGGGCCCAGGCCCAGUAUUGAGGAAGUCACAUAUCUCUAGGAGGGAGAUAAGACUUGGCUCAGAGAAAAAAACGGGACUGAGAACUGGAACAGAAGCAAUUUGGAGCCUGGUGUCAGAGGACUGGACUGAGCUGGAGCUGUCCUCAAAUACUUAAAGAGAAAGCUCUGUGGUGAUGGGGGACGUAAAAGGAUCUUGAGCGAGGCGCCUCCAGAG